GUGUUGGUUCUCGAAGGCAGAAGUUUUCAACAGUUCUAGAACAAACCACUUGGCUUCUAAGUUAAUCAUGUAAGUACAAAGAUUCGUGAUUCUCUUCUGUCAAUAAGCAUGCUUGUGUAAAUAUGUCUCACUGUGUGUUCAUUUUAUAUGCAUACAUUUAUCAUGCAUAGAUUCAGUGAUUCACACACAAGAUGCGUUCGGUUGUUAAUGCACAUGAGAAUGAUAUAUAUAUACCAAACUUUCUUUUCUUUCUUAUAAUUGGCAGUGGUUAAAUAUUUGUUUCGCACAAAAUGCCAGCAUUAUUUUGUCAACAUUGCCUAGCUCCAUGCAUGCAUUUGAUGGCUCUAUGGUAUAAUUAUAUAUGUGUUAUAAUUAUCGUUAUGCAUGCAAAUGAAGACCGUGCCAAUUACAGUGGCAACGUGUGUCAUUCUCUUUGAAUUAUAAUCGCCAUUUGAUGUUACCAUGUGUGUUCAUUUUGUUAGAACAAAAAUGGCUGGUAGUAACCCCGCAGUAUGGAGUCCAACUCACGAGGAUGAUGAUGAUGACAUCAUAGAGGUCAUCAAGAUCGAAUCAGAUCCGGAGAUCAUUGAUCUCUCUACUCCCGAAAUGGAGUUUGACAAUGAAGAGUGGUUCGGUUUUUUUGACGAUAGCGGGGAUUGGCUAUAUAAUGACAUUGGUGGAGAGCAUCCAACCAAUUAUUGGACUCUAGAUGAUAUACCCAUCUAUGAUUGGUACUCAAUGGGUCCUAAUGUGGACGAUUUGGGCACCCAUGUGGACCCGAUGGAGAAUAUGGGGGAAGAAGAGGAAGUUGAGGAAUCAGAGAACGAGGAGGAGUACUCCGACAUAGAGACUGAUGAAUGUCUCUCUAAUCUUGACUUCGACCCCAAGAAUCCUUAGGAUUCUUCUAUAUGUCUUGUAAUCUCCUUUGAGGAGUAGACAUAUGUAUGUGGUAUUAGUAGGUGUGUACCUAUGUAAUUCGUGUAUUUACAUGAUGAAUGAAGGACAAAUGUUCUUAUCUCCCAAGUGGAAAAUUAGUUGGAUAAAACCUUACGAGUUUGUUUGGUUCCAAAAUUAACCACAAAGUUUUAAUGCUUUUAUUGCAUUGGUCCAUCUCAAUUAUGUGGCAUGGAUGAAUGAUAAUUGUACCAAUUUAAUUUGGACACUCUUUCAUUCAAGGUGAUGCAUGAGAGGAUGUAAGUACUUAUGAUAGUCCUUCAUGGACUCUAAGUAACGGUGGUUUGGAUAGUAAUAAACUAUCUAGUGGGAA